AUGUCUAACAAAUCAGGGUUCAAGGAGGAAUACCCUCCCAAGGCCGACUUGCGGAAGCUGUAUCGACCUCUGCCCUUCAUCACUCCCGGAACCGUCAAACCAGAUCUAGGUAACGAUGAGAUUAUGAAACAAGUUGGUUCAGUAUUGAGCAACGUCAAUGCUGCCCUAGAGAAUGGUGACGCGCCAGCUCUAGAGCAGUGUUUCUUCAGUGACCAAGCCCACUGGCGCGACAUUUUGGCACUAACAUCGCACUUGCGAACAUUUUCUACUCCGGCUGGAAUUGUUGGGGCACUUCUGGCGACAAAGAAGCUCAGUGGCUUCUCUGGGGGUCUUCGACUUCAAGGCGAGCCCAAAUUCGUGCCCGCUACUCCUGUAUUGCAAUUUAUCGAUAUCUGGGUCACUUUCAGGACCAGUCGUCCUGCAGCAACAUGUAAUGGCCGUAUCCUCUUGUUGCCAGUUAAAGAGACCAAAGACGACCAAAACAAGAUAACAUGGAAGAUCUGGACAUUGACAACGCUCAUUGAAAACCUCGAUCUCCAAUCCGAGGAUGAGUCUCUCCUCCGGUCCCCAGGAAAGAGCUUUGCUGGCGUUGAGGAGAUUGAGAUUCCCGUGUUCAUCCUCGGAGGCGGCAAUGCUGCCCUAAGUCUUGCAGCACGAUUAAAGGCUCUGGCCGUAGAAAGCGUUAUUGCAGAGCGCAAUCCCCAUUCAGCCAUUGUCAUUGGAUCUGCCAACACGGCCUUCGACAUCAUGAAAGACUGCCACAGCGCAGGGUUGCAAACCACUAUGGUUGUGCGCUCUCCGACUUACAUAUUCCCUGUCAAAUACAUCAACGAUGCACAUUCUUUGGAGGGCCAGUUCAUACACGGUCUGUUUGGUCACCUCGCAUCUCUGGAGCCAGACCGCUACAAAGCACUUGCUGAUGCGGGCUUUCCUGUCAUUGACAGCCGUCAUCCGGAUGCUGACGUCAACCACCAUCUGAAUGAGCGUGCUGGAGGUCACUACGUGGAUGUUGGGCCCGCAGUAAAACUGAUAGCUGACGGAAAGGUAGCCGUGAAGUCCGGCGUUGAGCCCAAAGGGUUUACAGCAACUGGCCUUGUCAUGUCAGAUGGAAGCACUGUUGAUGCCGAUGCCGUGGUAUGGUGCACUGGUUUUGCGGACAGAGAUGUCCGCGGUACUGCGGCUGGUAUCUUAGGCGGCGCCGAUGGCGAAGGCUCGACAAGCACAACUGGUAAGGAUGUCUUAGGGCCCUGGGACGUUGCGACCCGCCUCGAUGCAACCUGGGGCGUUGACGCCGAAGGCGAGAUCCGCGGUAUGUGGAAGCGUCAUCUGCGCAUGGAGAAUUACUGGGUCAUGGGCGGCCAUCUACCACUUCAGCGAUGGAACUCUCGGGCCCUUGCGCAACAAAUCAAGGCGUCAAUUGAAGGAAUCCUACCACCUGCAUAUCGAGACACGCCCGGAUCUUCGUAG